CGACUGUUCCCCCAGCCCAUACUCGGUUUCUCCGAUCGUCCCUGCCGUGAUCUCCUGGUUAUAGACGCGCACGGCCAUGCUCCCCGAAAGCAGUGGUAAACGUCGACACAGUGCAAAGCGCAGGAAGCUUGACGCGACAGAAACCACCACAGCCCAACCAGACGGAGAAAGCAGGUCAGAUGCACGAAUGUCCCACGUCGAGCAGGUAGCCAGUCUGCCAGAAUCCCCUCCUGCGAGACGGCCGUCCAAGGUGGUGCCGAUCGUGCCUCCUCCCGAUGCGCCCUUCCGACCUGGCGCAAUUCAGCUGUGGGUUGUGCGCGAUGCAGAGGGCAAGAAACAGCUGGUAUCGGAGAUGGUGCCUGGAUGUCGGCAUUGGAGGAGUAGGUGCCACUCUGGAUGAACAGUCAAGAGCGGGGAUAUGCUGACACAUUGACUUUGAGUUGGGGACCCGAAUGUCACUUUCUGUUUCGAGUGCAAGAAAGAGGGUGAUGUUAUGGGGUGCAAAACAUGCAAGAGAUCAUAUCACUCGGCUUGCCUAGGCGAAGAAGUACCCCCAGAGGAUACGACAACAGCAUUCUACUGCCCGACUUGUGUCGAGCGCGGUUGGAAUGUGCAUCCUCCGCCGGAAAUCUUACCGCUAACGCCGGCCUCUUCUCGCGAGACCAGCCCGGCGCCGCUAAGUUCAAACGCAAGAGAUGUAGCCGCCGCAGAGAUUCGCCAGCAGUCAGAGCAGGUGACAGCGCCACAGCAGGGAAACCGCGUGCGCGUUGAUCUUGUCCUGCCGAGCCAGGACUCUCAGAGGAUCUGUGAAGGCUCUGCUCCUGAAGCGUGUACCCCAGCCCCCAACCGAAUGCGAUUCGUUCCAGGGUUUGGAAACGAUUAUAAUCAAUCAACCACGACUUCCUCAGGCUCACUUGUCACGGCCCGACAACGACGGGAAGUUGCAUUGGAUGAUAUACGAGAAGACCACCUUGUGUCAUCUCCUCGACCCUCUAUAAUCACUGAGAGUACUUUCAAUCAAACAAGUGCCGCGUCCAGAUCGAGCAGGCCAAAGUCUAGGUAUCAAACCAUGCCUGACGAAGUGGAUCAAGCGCUCACAGUUAUAUAUCGUGAACUGGAGUCCGCCGCUGCUCUGAAACAAGACAUUGCUGUACUUCAGGACCGGGUCAGAGCCGCUGAGCAAGCGCGGCAGAUUUUGGAAGGUCGGCUGGCCCUUGAGCGCUCAAGCGGAGUGGCCCUUGCUGGCAAGGAAGCCGAAAUCCGAUCUCUAAACCAGCAGCUUGCCGAGCUGAGAAAAAGCAACGAACUGCUGGCCGGAGAGAAUAAUGUCCUGAAGCAGCGCAUGCAGGAUCAACAGACGUCCAAUCAAGCUGGCCUGGAGGAGAUGGAAGCUCUGAAGGCGAGUCUUCGCCGGUUACUUGGCGAUUGAGAGAGUACUUACUCCUCCAACUGAGCACAGCGCGUCUAGCAUGACGCAACAUUGUGUCUCUGAAAAUCAAUAAAUCUCAGAAGUAGGUCCCCACAACUAAUGGAAUUUCCAUUU